AUACCACUCCUCGCCGCGCGCCGCUCUGCUGCUUGCGGGAAUGAUUUUAGCAACACUUGCACUAGCGGUACUGGACCUCCGAGAUUGAGCCUCACGCCCAUAGCAGUGAAGUUGGAAGGGUUUCAUUCGUUGACUCGUCUCGGCCCUCUUCUCUCGAAGCGCCAUCCACCGCGCGCUUACACCUCCCUCCGUCGGCGGAAAAGCCGGUCUGGAGAACGUUCUUCUAGCAAGAACGAGUCAUAUUUCAGUAGAAGUUUAGACUCUCCAGCCAUGGUGCGUGAGCGGGUGCAGCGCGCCCUAUCACUCGCAUGGUGCCUCGCCGCCCUUGCCGUGGCGCCCUUCGCAAUGAUCCAUGCCGUGCCGCUCCAGGCCUCGCAAGUGAAAUUCCUGCAGGACUGCCAGACGGCGUGGGAUGUGGUCUUCCCAGGGUGGAGUGGCUCCAAUCCCGACUGCAGACGUGCUGAGAACGUCAAAUGCGACAGCAGUGGGAUGAUCGUGGAAAUAAACAUCUUGUGGAUUGAUCUGCGAGGGCCCAUUCCGGACUCCAUAGGCAACCUCAGGAAGCUCACUGCCCUAUAUCUCGUACAAAGUCAUCUCUCUGGCUCAAUUCCCACUACAAUCGGCAUACUUACAAACCUGGUCAAUAUAUAUCUUUAUCGAAAUCAGCUCACUGGCUCAAUCCCCACUGCAAUUGGCAACCUUUCAAACCUGAAUACCCUGUGAGGACUCUGUUCUGCACUGCAAUGUCUGCCCCUGCUCUCCACUCUGUCUCCUCCUGAUUCUAGGAAAAAACUAUCCUCUCCUUCCCUUCCAUUGUAGGCAUCCCUUCCUCCACUCCUCACCAGUCCACUAGCCACUAACCUCUUUCUCGAAUGGGGUGCAUGGUACCAGACUGGACCCAUUCCAGUGUGGAUUUGCCAGAGUCAAGUGAGUCUAGAUAACGAACUAGAGGCGAAGCGGCUGUGGACGUUCCGGUAGGGCUAAUAUGGUGUCUGCGAGAAUCUGGUUGAUUCCCUGCUGUACGCAGUAGCUAAGGGUGUGUGUUGCUUGCUGCAUUGGUAUCAGGGUUUAAAAAACGGCGUUUUUUUCA